UGGAGGUGUGUUAGAUUCUCUUGGGACUCAUCAUGAAUCCUGUCAAACUUGAAGAGAACAAGUCACUCAAUGCUACUGAAUAUGACCAGAGUACCAGACCUGAAGUUUCACAGGAUAUGGGCAUGGAGCCGACUUGUGCUGGCACACCUGAUGAUCAUUCUCCACCUGACAACAGAGGAUACUGCAGCUCCUUUGCAGUUAAAUGCAAAGUCAAUGAGCAUGAAAUAUCUCUUAAAACUCAGAACCCAAAUGGUAGAGAUUGUAAAAAACAUAAAUUCACUUUUAACUGGAAUAAAAUAUCUGGAAAAUCAGAACAUAGGGAGUAUACAGCAUCUGGUGAACUCAAUGAGACUAUCUACUCAGCUCUGACAGCUAUUGAAGAUUUCUGUGAAAGGAUGGAGAAGCAUUUUGAUAAGGACAUUAUUGCUUAUGAAGAGAAAAAUAUAAGAGGAUAUGUAAAUUUAGGAAUGCCUCUCAAGUGCCUCCUUCCAGAAUCUCAUUUAAAAAUAUCAUUUUACAAAAGAAACAAAAACGAGAAAGAAAAUAAUAUUUCCUCCACCGGGGAAAAUGAUCAGCUAUUACGCCUAUAUAAAAAUCCUAACAAUGUUGAAUGCAUUUUGUUUCAUGUUGUGGCUUUUGGGAAGACAACUAAGACUAUUGUGAAGAUAAGAGGAUUUCAUGGAAAGGGGAGUACUCUUUGUGUCUAUGCCUUGGAGGGUGAAACUAUCCAAGAAGCCCUGUGUAAAGAUGGUCGAUUUCGGUCUGACCUGGACCAAUUAAAGUGGAGACUCAUAGAAAAUCAUAAGAUGGUUUAUGAAAAACAGUCCAGAGUGAAGGAUGUAUCUGGGAAAACCUUAGAAAUGGAAAUUCUUAAAGAGUCACCUGUCAAGAAACAUACCCAUGAGAAAAUUGAGCAGAAGAAUGAAAGUGCCACUGGUGAAAUCAGUCCCCAGGAUCUGAUGCCAUCUCAGGUCCAGGUCCUCGAACCAGAGGCAGGUGGAGAGACUGAAGAUGUAGAAUACAGCCAAAAAAAAGUUCUCCCACCUCGAAGUCGAGGACAUGAUAUUGAAGAUAAAAAACGCAGGACAAUUUCCAAAAUUAAAAAUUAUUAUCAGGAAAAUCACACACAAAAAAACAGUAAACAAAUCUCUCUCAUUCAGCAAAGACCACAUCUGGAUAUGCAAUCUGCUAUUAAUUGGGAUAUCCAGGAGAAGACAACUGACCCCUGGCUAAAGAAUUGCAAAAUAUUGAAUAAAGUUAUAUUUCAGCAAUAUCCAAAUUUUAAUAAAUAUGCACUUUGUAUGAAAAAGUUUUUUUUGGAAGAACAGAAGAAAAACGAACUGUCACCAUCUGAACAAUUCAGCAUAUAUGAAAAGCACUUUGCAAAAGCGACUAAAAAUUCUACUACCAUUGCAAACUAUGAGUUUCGUACCCAACGUAGUAAGUCAGUUGGGUUCAUCUAUUGGGAUAAUAAUGGAAACAUAGGCAAUGCUACUUGCUUUGUCUUCAGUGCUGGUUACAUUUUCACCUGUCAGCAUGUUGUAGACUUAAUUGUGGGAGAAGGCACAGAUCCACAUUUGUGGCCAGAUAGAAUAAGCAAAUGUGCAAAAGUAACUUUCACUUAUAAAAAAUUACACUUUAUUUUUGAAGAAUGUUUUUCCAUUGAGCCAUGGUUUGAAGUGUAUGAUAAAGGUCUGGAUUAUGCCGUUUUAAAACUAAGAGCAAAUGGAAAUGGAUUUCCUCCAGGCCUAUUUGAUCAAAUUUCAUCUUUGCCACCUAGUGGUUUGAUUUAUUUAAUUGGUCACCCAGAAGGCCAGGUCAAGCAAAUAGAUGAGUGUGCUGUGAUUACUAUAGUGGAUCGUGCAGGGAGGUACUCAGACAUUGUUUUCUCUAUGUUUACCCCAAGAAGUUUCCCACCUGUGGCUUGGCGCAGUGAUGCACUUAGUUAUGAUACCUGUUUUAUGGAAGGGUCCUCUGGCUCCCCAGUGUUUAAUGCAGCUCACCAAGUCGUUGCUAUACACUCCUUCGGACAGUUUUAUGAACGUGAUGGUAAGAAGCAUGCCUUAAUUGAAUUUGGCUAUUCUAUGGAAUCAAUUCUUCAUGAUAUUAAACAAAAAAAUGAGGCCUUUUAUAAACUGUUAACCGAAGAGAAAAUUGAGAACCUCAAUCAAGAGAAAAAUAAUAAACAAGAGUCGUCACUCCAAAAUCAGCAGGUGGAACUCAUGGAACAUUAGAAGAAAAUAUGCCAAGAAUUUAGAGUACAUGGGGCUGCUUUCUUACAGUAUAAUAAGUGGGCUUUCUGGAUUAAAAAACAUUUAGCAAAUGGUGUGGAUGUGCAAAAUACAUAGUAGAGCUGAAAUAAAUACUGACUUUCUCCUUGGCUUUAAAAAAAAUUGAAACAAUCUAAAUUCUCAGUUAAAA